GAGGGGGUGGGGGUAAUAGGGCACUGGGCGUGUGGUAAAGUCAGCCCAGGCUGGUGACACCAGAGAGCACAGUUCAGGUUUCGGAGAGCUGAUGGUCAACCCACGGGCCCUGGGUGGAGAGGGUUCGAGCUCGGCCGUUGGAACUGGGCCGGCGGGCAAACGGUGUCUGACCGCGGGUCGCUGGGGUGUCCCGGAGCUGGACCGAGUCUCUCCUUGCCUCCUCCCUGGGAUGCUGGUUGGGCAGACGUCACGAGCCUGACCUACCCGAGGGGCGGGGGAGAGGAACGCGGAGAACUUUGGAAUUUUCCCCCACCCUAAGAGAGCAGGCCUCUGGCAUCUCGCCGCAGGUGGCCCUGGACAGUCAGAGCGCGCCGAUAUCCAGGUGGCGUCUCCAUCUCUCUCAGAGGCCAUCGUUCUCAGAGGCGCUGACCAGCCAGAGGUUUGAAAGUAAUGGCACAAGAACAAGAACCUGCAAAUAUCAAGAUCAUAAAAGAAGCAUACAAGCAGGCCUUUAUAUUUGUUAAUAAAGGACUGAAUGCAGAUGAAUUAGGGCAAAAGAGAGAAGCAAAAAAUUACUACAGUAAAGGAAGAGAACAUCUACUCCAAGGAGUCAGCAUUUCAUCAUCUGGAUCUGACUGCACAGGUUCUGAGUGGGAAUCUGCUAGACAGAUGCAACAGAAGAUGCAAGAAACAUUGCAAAAUGUCAAUAUGAGAUUGGGAAUCUUGGAGCAAAAUCCUUCAUCUUUUGAUCCCAAGAAUCUUCAGGAAGGGUCUCAAUUAUAUCCUGUGUUGCCCCCUAAUGGGAAGCCAGAAAAACCCUCUCUGCCUCCAUCUUUGAUUUCAUCAUCUGUACAAACAGAAGUUAAUGGGAACUCUCCCUCCACAAGCAUGGAUCAACACUCUGUGGUUAGUUCUGUAUCAUUGGAAGCACCUCCUGCUUACACACCCUGUGCUGCAGAUGGGCACUAUACUCUAUCUUAUGGAACACAAUCUGGGGAAUUUUCAUCUGUUAGUACAGACUAUUAUACAAUUUCUGCUCGCCCACCUCCUCUUGAGACUCUAGGAGUAGAUGUAGAAGAGUUAAUUUUAAUACCCAAUGGAGUACAGAUUUUCUUUGUAACUCCUGCUGGGGAAGUUAGUGCGCCUUCAUAUCCUGGAUAUCUUCGGAUUGUGAAAUUCUUGGAUACUACCAGUGAAGCUGCACAGAAUCGGCCCUCUGGAUUUCUUCAGGUUUGUAAUUGGCUAUAUCCUCUGAUGCCUUGUCAAUCUCCUGUACUGAGCUGCAGUAGUGGAGUCUACAUGUUCCCAGACCCAACAUUACAAAUGUCAGGAUCCUGUGUGGGUAUAGUCUUGUCUUCUGAGUUACCUGAAGAAGAUCGAGAGCUCUUUGAAGAUCUUUUGAAACAAAUGGCUGACCUUCGAGUCCAGGCCAGCGGGAACAGGGAAAACAGAGAAGAAAUACAAAUCCCUGGAGGAAUGAGAAUACCCUUUGUUCAGUUGAAGGAACAUCCUAGCAAGAAUUUGAGGAAAUUGGUCCCUUCUGACCAGGGCAUUAAGGAUGGUGACCAGAAGGAAGGAAGUAGGACAAAAGUUUCAGGUACUUCGAGUGAAGAAAUUAAUCUGAGCCAGGUUGUACCCUUUCAACCAGUUCCUGAAGAAAAUGUGAGAGUGUUACCUGAGUGGAGUGAGAAAGUAUCUCAAAAUAUUUUAGCAGGUGCAUCCUGGCUGAGUUGGGGUUUAGCUAGAGGAGCUGAACUUACUGGGAAAGUAAUCCAUAAAGGAGCCUCAAAACUUCGAGACCAUAUUGAGCCCGAAGAAAAACCACUGGAAGUUAGUCCAGCUGUGUCCAAGGGACUUAAUAUAGCAAAACAGGCUACAGGAGGAGCAGUGAAAGUCAGUCAAUUCCUAGUGGAAGGAGUAUGUUCCAUAGCAAACUGUGUGGGAAGAGAAUUAGCCCCACAUGUCAAGAAGCAUGGAAGUAAACUUGUUCCAGAAUCUCUUAAAAAAGACAAAGAUGGGAGAUCUCCUUUGGAUGGUGCUAUAGUUGUAGCAGCAAGUAGUCUUCAAGGGUUUUCAACUGUAUGGCAAGGAAUGGAAUGUGCAGCUAAAUGCAUAGUUAAAAAAGUUGCUUCAGAAACUGUAAAUACAGUUAAACACAAAUAUGGAGAUGAUGCUGGUCAUGCUACAGAUAAUGUAAUGAAUUCUGCCAUCAAUGUUGGUGUCACCGCAUUUAAUAUUGAUAACAUCGGUAUCAAAGCUGUGGUGAAAAGAACAGCAAAGCAAACUGGAAAAGCCAUCUUAGAAGAAUAUCAAGUAGUUGAUAAGUCAGAAAAAAAAGAUGAAAAAGAAACUAAUAAGACAGACAAGAAGAAAGGUAAAUAAUGGAAAUACUAUGGAUUAACUCCACCAAAGCCUUAUUAAAUGGAUAUAACUUCAGUAUUUAAGUAAAAAUGGAAUUCUUCUCUCCAACAUAUUAACCUGAAAAUGUAAUUAUUUCUAAAAGUAUUUUUCAUAAAAUUUAAGUAUAUAUAGUCUCCUAAUAAAAAUGAUAGUAUUUUUUUCUUUCUCACUUAUAGAAAUAUUGUCAACAAGAUUAAAGUUGCUUUAUUUUAUAUGCUUAAAAUAUUUUUUCAAUUGCAAAGCUGAGAUUUUUUGAAAACUACUCUCAAUCUAAUGUUACAUUUUGUAAUUGAUCUAUUUUAGAAAACAAAGUAGGUAAAUUAGAUGUCUAUGCAUGAUUUGGGGGGUAUGGUAAACUAAUCCAAUUUAUAAUCAGAAGAUUAACCAAAAGCUAGUUACCUUCUGAUUAUUUUGCACUAUUUAUUAUAAAUUUCUCUUGUCCUAAAUCUGUUGUAAAUGUUCAAUGACUAAACUAAAAUCUGAAGCACUUUAAUAGAAUUAACACUAAAAUAACAAAUUGUCAACAUUUUCUAAGAUUUUUUUUUUCCUGACAAAGGAAAUAACUGAUUAUUGAAAGAAACUAAAGUUCCAUGUAAUUAGUUGUCAGACUACAAAGCUUUAUCUUUUACAUAAACUGGUUUCAACUCAAUGGUUGAAAAUGAUUAUAAAAAUGUAUUUAUUUUUAAAACAUUUUGUGUUUUAAAAACCAAUAGCUGAUCAGGAGGCUCAGGAAAAUUAAUGACAAUUUGAAGUAUUUGCUUAUUUAUUGAAACUUAUUUUCUGUUCAUUUACUUAUUAACUAUUGCACUUUUAUAGCUCCAUUUUCUUCCCUUUUUUUUCCUGGAAAUUCAGUCAUAAACAUCUAAUAGAAUUGGGUAAAAUAUUUGUAAAUAAAAUUUUUAGGCAUUGUCAUUACUGAAAUUAAAAUCUAUUAAAUGUCUAUUUAGAAUAUAUUUUAUUUAAAAAAUCAUCUUUAUGUUUAAAAUAAUAGAAUUUUAAAGCAUUAUUUAAUUUCCAUUAUUAUCAGAUUAUAACUAAUAGUAUUGAGUUAAAUAUCCAUUGCCUUUUAAGAUCUUUAGGUUACAAAAUAUGUAGUUAUAGAGUAUUGAUAAUUUGCUACUAAUUUUUAAAGGUUGUUACUGGAUUUUCAACAACUGCAUUUCAUUAGCAUCGUGAUACAUAUCUAUGAUAUCAGUAAAAUAACUUGAAACUACCUUGAUUAUUAAACUUCAUUUGAAACUGCCCAAAGAUUAUACUUUAUGAAUGAAUACUAUUCUCUGAUUGUAGAUAAAUAAAACACAUAUCUUGGCCUCAAGAAACAUUAAUGUGCGGUAUGUGUUUAGAGUCUGAAAAUGUGUCUGUGGUAUGGUGAUUUUAUAAAAGAUGUAACACUACUAUAAUAAAUAGUAUGAUAGAUACAAGUUUGUUAAUAUAGAAAUUGAACGCAAGUGGCAUCUUUGUGUAUCAUUAAAAUGGAAUUAAUUUGAAAAUAAAAUUAAAGUAACUUUUG